AAGAGUUUCCUGUCAUGACCUCAUAAAAAGAGGAGGAGGCUUGUAUGUGUUGCAGCGCCUAGUAUAUGUCGAUUUUGUUGCAUCGUUGGGCAGCAGUACUGUAAGAAGGAAUGUCAGCUUUUACAUAACGUUCUUUUUGCUUUUGACACUGUGAGGGGCUGCAAGGGUCCAUCUUUGUGAUCACAGAUGGAGUGGAAUGGCUUGAAAAUGAUAAUUAGCACCAUGGAGCCUCAGGUGUCGAAUGGCCCUACAUCGAAUACGACCAAUGGACCCUCCAGCAACAGUAGAAACUGUCCUUCCCCCAUGCAGACAGGGGCUGCCACAGAUGACAGCAAAACGAACCUCAUAGUCAACUAUUUACCCCAGAAUAUGACACAGGAGGAAUUCAGGAGUCUCUUUGGGAGCAUUGGUGAAAUAGAAUCCUGCAAACUUGUGAGAGACAAAAUUACAGGGCAGAGUUUAGGGUAUGGAUUUGUUAACUAUAUUGAUCCAAAGGAUGCAGAGAAAGCCAUUAACACUUUAAAUGGACUCAGACUCCAGACCAAAACCAUAAAGGUGUCAUACGCCCGUCCAAGUUCAGCAUCAAUCAGAGAUGCUAACUUGUAUGUUAGCGGCCUUCCAAAAACGAUGACCCAGAAAGAACUAGAACAGUUAUUUUCACAAUAUGGGCGCAUCAUCACUUCACGAAUUCUAGUUGAUCAAGUCACAGGUGUCUCUCGAGGUGUGGGAUUUAUCCGUUUCGAUAAGAGAAUAGAAGCAGAAGAAGCCAUAAAGGGACUAAAUGGCCAGAAACCUAGUGGUGCUACAGAACCAAUUACUGUGAAGUUUGCCAAUAACCCCAGCCAGAAGACAAGCCAGGCACUCCUUUCGCAGCUGUACCAGUCUCCCAACAGACGCUACCCUGGACCACUACACCACCAGGCUCAGAGAUUCAGGCUGGACAAUUUGCUUAAUAUGGCCUAUGGCGUAAAGAGGUUUUCCCCGAUCACAAUUGAUGGGAUGACGAGCCUUGUUGGAAUGAAUAUUCCUGGCCACACUGGGACUGGAUGGUGCAUCUUUGUCUACAAUUUGUCUCCCGACUCCGAUGAAAGUGUGCUGUGGCAGCUCUUUGGCCCCUUCGGAGCAGUGAAUAACGUCAAGGUGAUCCGCGAUUUCAACACCAACAAGUGCAAGGGAUUUGGCUUCGUCACUAUGACCAACUAUGACGAAGCUGCCAUGGCAAUUGCCAGCCUUAAUGGAUACCGUUUAGGAGACCGAGUAUUGCAAGUUUCCUUUAAAACCAACAAAACCCACAAAUCCUGAAUUUCAUAUCCUUACUUACUAAAACAUAUAUAUAUAUAUAUAUAUAUAUAAAAAUAUAUAUACGAACAAACAAAAACUCUGCAAGGCUUAUAUUCAACCAUGGACUUUAUAAGCCAGUGUUGCCUAAGUAUUAAAACAUUGGAUAUCCUGUGAUGAACAGGAAAGGAUUUUAUAAUGCUUAGAAAAAAAACAAAAACAAAAAAAACCUUUGAUGCAUUGAAUGUUCUUUCAUAGCUGUCGUUGUUGAAUAUAAUAUACAUAGAUAACAAUGUGCAGGGAUUUUUACCCGGCCAGCUAGUUUUACUACCUUCCUUGAAGGUGGCUCUUUUUAAGAUGACCAUUCACUCAUUUGAAAAAAAUAAAAAACAAAAACAAUUUUUACAAACUAAUGGGAUUAAAAGAAAGAAAAAAUAUUUUUCUUUUUUUUUUUUCAAAUGUUGAUCCAAUCAGAUUGGUAAACCCCCCAUAUAAAUUAAAGAGGAACAAUAAAAAUUGCAAAAAAACAACAACAACAAAAAAACACAUACUUUUGCAACCUUUUUUAUUUUUCCUUUUUUCUUUUAUAUCAUGUGAACUAAACAGUCUUCUGUUAGGGAAUGGGGUAAAAGGGGGAUACCUGAUGACAGAACAAUUUAAAUAACAUUAACAAUGUUGCCAAAGAGGUGGUCUCUUUGCUGAAAAUGGGUUUCAAGAAAAAUCUAUUUUUAUAAAAUAUAAAGAAUUUUUACAAGAGAAUCUGGAUUUGAGAAAAAAUAUUUUGACUGGCUAAUUUAGGGGAAAUUGACAACUUUGUCAUGUUCAUACUGCACUGGUAACUUUUUAGAGAUCAAGACGUGUGUUUUAAACUGGAUUAGUAGAUUGUUUUUUGAAGGAUGGGCUACAAACAGAUGAUCUUCGUAUCUUUUCAUAGCAUGUAAUAAAAAUAUUAAAUACAGUACGGGAGAGUGUUCUUCCCAGGCACACAGUUACCCACAGUCAAAACCCAAAAGCAAGGAGAUGAGUUGCAAGACAGUUUUUCUUUAAGUCAUCAGUAUGGGAUAUCAGCAGAACAAAAGUUUAAAAAAAAAUAAUUGUUUUGAUCAAAAACUUCCUUGGUUUGAGCAGUAGGUGCUACAGAAUUAUUUACAUAUCUUAGUAUCAUAGUUAAAUGUAAUGUGUUUAGAAAAAAUAAUUUGCUUAAAAUUUGUUAAGAAUUUUCAAAUUCACUUUAUAGCCCAUGCUGAUAUAAAUUGGGCUGUGUUGGCACAUUUGGAACACUGUUUAUGUUGCUUGAAACACUUAUUUAUUUAAUUGCCGAUGUGAUGCAUAUGGCCAAAAUCAAAUAUAGCUAGUUUGGCUAGUCUACUUAUUUGUUUACUUAAACUAUGGGAAGAAGCAUAUUAUUGUGUCAUUUUGUUGUGUGUGUAUGUGUAUAUAUAAUAUAAAUAUAUAUAUAUAAAGUUAUUUUUUCUUUUUGUUAAUUUAUUAUAAGUUGUAACACUUUGCUAGUUUUGUUUGUAUAUGUCUUAAAAUGUUUUCUUAUGAUACUUAAGUGACAGGUAUCAAGGUAACUUGUGUAGAAAUAUUGUUUGAUAUAUUGUCAUGUUUGUUGUGAAUAUUUUUUCUUACUGCACAGUAGAAAAGAAAACAACUGGGUCUUUAUUUUAAUGUAAUUCAGAUUGGGGAAAACAGAGCUAAGGGAACAAAAUGACUGAGGGGGUGCUCUCCCAUGUCCAGUGCACUGAUCAUUUUAGUAUGUUUGUGCUUUGUACGGUUAUAUAUUUAAAACAAAAAAGGGUCAUGCUCUUCCCUGAGUACUAGAAACAGUUACUCGCUAUGCAUAAUCUAGUUGAUAGUUAAAUUUGCUAUUGCUUUUCUUGUCUUGUUAUAUAAAAUCUUUUCAAUACAAGUUUAGUCUUAAUGGUAAUAAAACGUUAUGGUUAUUUAUAACUUGUGCUUAUUUUGUGCAUUUUUUUCCAUGCUAUACCCACUAACUGCACGUAGAUUAAGUAUUGUUUUUUUUCCACACUGAAGAGGCAAACUUUUGUAGUAGACAGAUAAAACUAAAGCAUCAUAAUUUUAUCAGGUUUUUUUACUUUUAAAAUAUUUUAGUUCAAAAGAACACUCAUUCAAUGUUCAGGGAAACCUUUAUACAUCAUCUGCUAUGAAUGAGCGCAGUUCACUGGGAAAGUUUUGAUGCAUUUGCUAAGCAUUAGUGGGGAAGGCAUGUCAGAAUCUUUUCUCUACGAUGUGUUUUACUAGCUGGAUAAUAAUUUAAAGAAAAAACUUUCUUAGGACCAGGCAGUUGUAUACUUUAGUUAUAAUGAAUGACUUCAUGUUAACCUUGCUAGUUUAGAUCAUUUCUGAGGGAAAGUAUUGUAAAUGUUUUUUUAAUAACCUUGUUGUGUUUGAAUUAUUUGUACUUUAAUUGUCCGGACAAUAAAUGAAAGUGUGUAGAAUGGCUAUGGACUUUCCAGAUUUUUAAAUGUGUUCAGAUGUUUUAGUAACCACAGCCACACAAUAAAGCAGGGAGAUAUUAUAGUCUAAUUGCAGUAGAAAGUUCUUUAAGGGAGAUCCUAAGGUACUAAACAAAACAGUUGAAGCAUAUUCAUUGUUCAUAUGUUUUUCUUCCAAAACCUUAGCUUAGCCAAAUUGAGUUGGUUUCACUAACAUUAACUGCAGCAGAGUAAUUGUACUUAAAUAUUUUUUAAAUUUGUUUGUGAUUUUUUUUAAUGUACACAAUGUUUUUACACAAUGAAAGUAUUAACUCGGUCAAUAUCAAAAUUAAGCAAAAAUAUUAAAUGCUUUAAUUAUUAUACAAAUUUUAAGCCAUCAGUUAGACUUUUCUUUUUGACAUGAAUAUGCAAUGAAUGCCAUACAGUAUGAAGGAUACAUAUCUGCUGUAUGGCUCUAAAAUUUAUAUAUUGCCACAUUCAUUCAAAAUUUGAUUUUUUUUCACCACAUUUUAUAGCCAGAGGUGAUCUCUCUUUCAGUUGACUUAUUGGUUUAAAUUCCAUUAAAUACAAAUAUUCACUCCAUGUUUGUGUUCUGUAACAUUCUCUUGCUAAUUGAAAAUAUGUACCUUGUAAAAUUGCAACACUGCAUUUCAUAACCGAGUAUAGAAAAAAAUGUAUCAACCGGUUGGAUGGACUAUGCAGUUCUUCAGCUGCUUCACUACUAAUAAACUCAUGUUUUUAUGAUUGAA